AACUUUACCCAAUUACCUUUCCAUUUGUAUUCUCCCAAAAAUACCAAACCCUUCACAAUUUUAUCUCUUCACUCCUUCACUCAAUUUCACAUCCAUUCCUGUAUCUAUAUAUCUAUAUCUAUAUAUUAUAUCUAACUGUAUAUUCUCUCAAACUAAACUUGAAAAUCAUGAACACCCACGAAACACACAUCAUGUCAGACACAAUAUUCGAAUGUAUAAUCCCAUAUAUCCAAAACACCCACGACAGACAAUCACUUUCUUUAGUAUGCAAACGUUUUUACGAGCUUGAAUCACAAACACGCAAACACAUAAUGGUUGCCCUGUGUUAUACAGCUACACCAAAACAGCUUUUCAAAAGGUUUCCUUAUUUAGAAAGUAUUAAACUCAAAGGAAAGCCACGUGCUGCCAUGUAUAACUUGAUCCCAGAAGACUGGGGUGGGUUUGUUACUCCUUGGGUUGUUGAGAUUGCUACGUCUUUUUCGUGUUUAAAGGCGGUUCAUUUUCGACGAAUGAUUGUUAAAGAUGGUGAUCUUGAGAUUCUUGCGGGUUCUCGUGGUCAUGUUCUGCAAGUUGUUAAGCUUGAUAAGUGUUCCGGGUUUUCGACUGAUGGGUUGUUGUAUAUUUGUCGAGCUUGCAGGAACCUCAAAACCUUUUUCUUAGAAGAGAGCCAAGUAAUAGAAAAGGAUGGACAGUGGUUACACGAGCUAGCUUUAAACAACACCGUUCUUGAAACGUUAAACUUUUACAUGACAGAUCUUUGCCAAGUUAACUUUAAAGACCUUGAACUUAUAGCCAGAAAAUGUAAGAAUUUGGUCUCGGUUAAAAUUGGUGAAUGUGAAAUCUUGGAUCUUGUUGGUUUCUUUAAAGCUGCUGUUUCACUUGAAGAAUUUGGUGGCGGUUGCUUUAAUGAUCAAACUGAACAAUAUUCUGCAGUGUCAUAUCCUCCAAAAUUAUGUCGAUUAGGACUAAAUUACAUGAGUACAAAUCAGAUGCCCAUUGUAUUUCCCUUUGCUUCAAGGCUUAAAAAGUUGGAUCUCCUCUAUGCACUUCUUGACACAGAGGAUCAUUGUAACUUGCUACCUAAGUGUCCCAAUCUUGAAGUUCUUGAGACAAGGGAUGUAAUUGGAGACAGGGGAUUGGAAGUUCUUGCUCUUUUCUGCAAGAAAAUGAGGCGCCUUAGAAUCGAGCGAGGAGCUGAUGAACAAGAAAUGGAAGAUGAAGAAGGCAUAGUUUCUGAAAGAGGCCUCACUGCCUUAUCACAGGGCUGUAUCGAAUUAGAAUACAUUGCUGUGUAUGUAUCAGAUAUCACUAAUGCAGCUUUAGAAACCAUGGGCAUGCACCUAAAAAACCUCUGUGAUUUCCGCAUGGUCUUGCUAGAGAGACAAGAAGUAAUUACAGAUUUACCCCUUGACAAUGGAGUCCGAGCUCUGUUAAGUGGCUGCCAAAAGCUUAAAAGAUUUGCUCUCUAUCUUCGACCAGGAGGGUUGACCGAUGUGGGUUUGACUUAUAUUGGUCAAAAUAGUCAAAAUAUAAGAUGGAUGCUGUUAGGUUAUCUUGGAGAGUCUGAUGCAGGGCUUUUAGACUUCUCCCAAGGGUGUCCUAGUUUGCAAAAGCUAGAAGUUAGGGGAUGCUUUUUUAGUGAACAAGCAUUGGCUAUUGCGGUUUUACAUUUAAGGUCUCUAAGGUACCUUUGGGUACAGGGGUAUAAGGGGUCUUCCAGUGGGUGUGAUCUUUUAACAAUGGCACGCCCGUUUUGGAAUAUUGAAAUAAUUUCUUCUAGAAGGGUUCUAAUUGGAGAAGAGGAGAUUGACCAUCCUGCUCAUGUACUUGCUUAUUACUCUCUUGCUGGUCCAAGAACAGAUUUCCCACCUUCCGUUAUCUCAUUGGAUUAUGUUCCUGUUCUUGAGGAAUAGAUGUGUAUGCAUUUCGGAUCACGAAAUAUACUCUUCUUCAGAAGAAUGGUUAAAGUAAGUUCUAUCUGUUUCUGGUUCGUGUUUCUUGUUUAGUAGAUGUUCAGAGUAAUGUUCCCCUCUCUUUUUUUUUUUGGUUUCCCAUAUUAAGUUAUUGGUUUGUUGUAUAUCCUAAACAAUUAGCAUGUGAUAAGUUUGUUGUAAUAUUGAAUUAUUGAUAAGCUUUUGUGGUA